AUGGCUCGCAAGUGUUGGGUGGUUGCAGCGGCGGCCCUGCUCCUCGCGCCCGGGGCCCUGUGCGCACCCCCCAAGGCCGGCGGCCUGCCAGCGUCUGGCAGCCGCGCCCUGGGCAUCCACGCCGUCGACACCGGCAGCCCCGGCAUCAUGGGGGCCGGCCGUUUCGGCCCGGCCGGCAGGGCCCCUACCACCAGCUUUGGCAGUGCUGGUUUCAGCAGCAGCCGCGGCCUGACCCACUUGAUCCCCUUGUUUGGUGGUUUCAAAAACACCCUCAUCACCCACAGCCGAUUCCAGGUCCUCAACCCCUUUGCCGGCCUCACGUCCGGCCGUCCCCGCUCGCGCACGCCUUUUGGCGGCAGCGGCGGCUCUGGCAGCAGCGGCGGCGCGGCCCCCUCUUUCACCGACGAGGGCGGCCGCGGGACCAUCUUCCGCCACCUAGGCGAGCAGGGCGCCGCCGCUGCUGACGCCAACAUCAUUGCCGCCGGCGGGCUCACGUCCGGCUCCAACGCCGAUGACGCCCUUGCCAGCCGCCCUUACCGCAACCCAAUUCUCGACUAUGCCAGUGCGCCCACGCUCGCCCUGGCUGGUGCGCGCAACUACAGUCGCCCCAACAACAGCCGCCCAAUCCGCCCCACCAACCGGACCGUCGGCAGCCUGGCGUGA